AUGGCGGCCUCCUUCUCCCAGCCGAUCCGUUUCCUGAGACCCGACAACUUUGACGACAAGUGCCUGUCGGAGGACUGCCGCUCGGUCAUCCAGGAGCAGGCCUGCGCCCUGGGCCUCGCCAUGUUUGCCACUCUGGUCAAGCGCUGCACUCGCCUCCUGCAGGACGUCUCCCUAGCGGCUCAAGGCCAGGGGGACCCCGAGGACGAUGACAUCAAGGUCUCCGCCUUCCCGCCGGACCUGAAGGAGCUGCUGCCCAGCAUCAAGGUCUGGUCGGAUUGGAUGCUGGGGCACCCGGAGACCUGGAACCCCCCGCCCAGCGCCCUGGAGCUGCCCCCGCCGUACUGGGUGGAGGGGGGGCGCGAGGCCGGAGGGUCCAGU